AUGGGGGAUAAAACGGAGCAACGGCGAGGUUCUGUGUAUCAAAGCUCCAAUGAACUGUUUAAAGAAAUGAGAGACCCGGGACGUAAAGAUACAAAGGCAAAACUUGAGUUGUCCCGUAGUAGUGAUGCUUCUUUCUCCUUUAGAGUUGUUGAUUCUUCGAGAAAGGGAAGUACAGAGAAAAGACCGGAUAAGAAGCCUUCAGAUGGACAGAAAUCAUCAGUUGAACCUAACACCUCUAGCAACUUCAUUGACAUUUGUUUGAAAUCAGGUAUUAAAGAUAGAGCGGCGGUGUUGGAUCCAGUUGAUGAUGCAGUCGGGGGACCGAGCGAAUAUAACGAACCUAGAGUUAGAUUGCCAAAGCCAAAUUCUGCAAAAGUAGAAAAGCUUACAGCCUCUGCACCAGAAACCAGUUGCAAUAAGGAAAGCUCAAGAGUGAGAAAAAUGUUUGAUCCAUUUGUUAAGUCAAAGUCUCUGAGGAGUCCACUUGGUUAUUUAGGAGAAUCAGGUGAUCAGUUCAAAGAUGGAUGUACAGAAAAACCGGGGAAGAACAAUGAGCGUUGCAAAUCUAUGUUGAGUGACUACUCAAAUAUUCAUAAAAUAUCGAACCUUUGUCCUCCUCCAGUUGUGAUAAAGGAUUAUACUUUGGCUCUGAAAUCUUCUCCAGUUCAUCUACAUUGCCGACUAAAGAUGGAAAGCAAGCACGGAUUGCCGGUUUUUCAGUUUGUGUCAGAUUCUCCUGAGGAUGUUUACGCAGCAAAGACGUGGAAAUCUGACAAUGGUUCUUGUUGGGUAUAUACAUUUUCAUUAGCUGGAAGCAGAAAGAGGAGCAGCGCUAGUGUGCGGGGAUUGAACGAUGUUAAUAAAGAAUCUCUGCUGGUGGGUCAGAUGCAAGUUUCCUGUAAUAUGUGCUCAGAAGUAAGAAAAAAGGGACAAGAUCCAGAGACUUUGAUGGUAAAUGAGUUUGUUUUGUAUGAUAUUGCUCAAGCAAGAAGAAGUGUCUCCACUAAGGAAUAUCAAUCACUACCACUUGAUAUUGUUAAUACUGCCUCCAAGAAUUCUGCUAAACCAGACUCAGAUUUAAGAAGUAGCACAAUGACCAGGGAUGACUCUGAUACAAUGAAGCAGAGAUCUCAGCCAAAACGAACAUCUCAAAGUUAUGAUCUUGAAUCUUCAAAUGGAACAAACCCAUGGUCAGCUGCAGAUUUGCAUCCUGAUCUUGAAAUCGCUGCGAUAAUCAUUCAAGACACGAUUGAGAAGAGAGAAAGCUUAAAAUACAGAAGAGGUGACAAAAGGUUGAUGGAGAAAACAAAUCUUCUCGGUCUUUCUCCAAUCGAAGAGGAGAAAAGGGAGUUGUUUGGCAGCAGAAGUUCAGAAAAAUUGAAGGUUGUAAUCCCAAGGGGAAACCAUGGGUUACCAACUACCGAAAACUCUUGUCCUUCGCCUUUGAUUCAGAGAUGGAGGUCAGGAGGUGGUUGUGACUGUGGUGGUUGGGACAUGGCUUGUCCACUUAUGGUUAUCGGAAAUCCUCAUAUGUCAUGUUCUCAUGAUCAGCCUCUUGUAGACAAUCAGCAUCCUUUGCAACUAUUUGUCCAGGGUGCUAAAGAGCAUAUACCAGCAUUGUAUAUGUCGUUUGUUGAUGAGGGGCAAUAUGAUGUUCACUUCCAUGCGCAGUUAUCGACCCUGCAAGCAUUUUCAAUCUGUGUCGCCAUAUUACAUAACACAGAAGUCUCAAAUAGUUUCAGAAAUGGCGAGAAUGUACAACAGUUCUCACACUGCAACUCUCUGAAAAUGCUGAUUGAUGAUGAUAUUCAGUUCUUAGUUGAAGCAGUGACAGAGGAAGAAGAAAAGAAAGUCCCUAGGCUUGUAAAAGAAGCUGCGACCACUCUUCAAUCCUACAUGCCAAACCCUCCUUUCUCACCGAUCUCCCGAGUGUAA